AUGGCAGCGCAUCACAUUUCUCUCGCAAAAGCCUCUUUUGGCGCUUCGCUCCUGCGACCAGACGUGACGAAGGUCUCGCGAGACGACCUCCCCACCUUUCACAAUGCCUUCGAAGCUACCCUCCACCAAUGCUCGAGUCGCAACAUACAGACAUGUAAACAAUGGCUGUUGGAAAACGUGGUUGUCUCAACGACAAGGACCACCGCUCUGGGGAAAUAUCUGGUUGCCAUAGCCCGCCACCUUACAAACCAGCCAGAUGAAUCAUCCAGCACAAGAGUCUCACGACAGCGACUCCAUAUCCUCUAUCUUGUGAACGAUCUUCUUCACCAUGCCAGAUAUCACGAAGCCGACGUUGCCCUUUGCAACAACCUAACACAGUCGCUGCAACCAUUUCUGGCAGAUCUGAUCCGACUCAGCGCAUCAGACGCAAAGGCACACGUGCGGAGGCGGCUAUCCGAUUUGAUCCAACUAUGGAAAGAGGAGGAGUACUUUAGCCCACAAGUGAUUGAUGAGAUGCACGAUGCACUCGCUGGGGUCGCCUCAAAAGCCCAGCCAACAGUGGAACAUGAGGCAGGGCGGAAGAGUGCAGACAAAGAACUCCCAUACCUCAUCCCUGCGACGCACGGCGACCCUUCGUUACCCUUCUACGACCUCCCCGCCGGCAAUCUGAUGCGUCACAUCAUCCCAAACAGCUCGCAGCCAAUGCGUCCUGACGAGGUCCGAGCCCUCCAAUUUUCCGCGGGCCCCGCAGAUGAGAGUUUGGUGAAUGCGCUGAAAGACUUUUUGAACGAUGUGAAGGGCGCUGAGUCUACCCUCCCAAGGCUUGAACAAUCUGGCCUUUCUCCGGAGAUUGACGAGAUGGGUCAGAUCUCGUACCACGAUGAAACGGGCGACGUGGUCGGUCAAGAAGCUCGGGUCGCAGUCGAAGUGCAACACCUCAGAAGCGCAGACGUCGUAGUGUUUCAACCAACGGGCGCUCCGGAUCAUCAAGGUCGUAUAGCCGCUCACCUCCCACACGCCGGUCUGACAACCCGAGGGGACAAUGGAGUCGAAGUCGAAGCCGGUCGCGCUCCAGAAGCCGCCCGUACUCUCCCGGCAGUUAUCAUUCGCGACCUGGGCAGCCUCCAAGAUUUGACCCACCACCAGCACACGUUAAUGCAAACCCUGCGCCGAUUCCUCCACCUCCGCCUAUGGUAA